AUGGCGAAUGUAUCUCCAAAAUAUGAGGAUUUGAAAGAUAUUUUUGUGAAAUGUGGAGAAGAGAUGGAAUGGGAAGCUAUAGAAAAGGCUGCGAGCAACCAAGAGCCAGGAAAAGAUGUACAAGAAAAGAUAGAGGGUGGAACUAGUGUGAAUCAUAUUUUGAAAGAUCCUAGUUGA